UAGACAUUACACAAUUCCAAAUUGAAUCCACAAUACACUUGGCCCAGCCCAUUACUCUUCUCUUCAUUACCCACGGGCCAAGGCCCACUCUUUCCUAAGCCUACACCCCUACAACCCACACACACUGUAAUUAAACUGUAAUUGAACGGCCAACCAACGCCACUCUUCUACUUCCUCCUGCGGCCGGAAGCAAAAUUUUAUCACUCUGCUUUCAGCACCGGAAACCAGAAAGCAGCUGGAAAAAGAAAUUCAGCCGGUAGACGCCAUUUGUGGAGGAUACUCUCUUAUCUCUCUCAACUGUAAGCUUUAGUAUCCAUAAUUUCCCUCCUUCUCUCGUAAUGUCUUCUCGAAAACCAAUUAGGCGUAGUAUACUGUAGAGCAAUUGCUCGGUGGUGGUGGUUGUUCUGUUCGAAUAGAAAUGUAUCGUUGCGCUAAUCUUCUGGCACCGGCUUCUUUCGCCGGCGAGCAUUUAUCGAAACAUCGAAUUCAAAGCGUUGUGUUUUUGCAGGGGGCUUCACCGGCCGAACAUCGGAGGAAGCGUAUGGCAGCAACGGCUCCAUCGCCGUUGUCGAACCUGCCGCGAAAUGUUGCUAAACUUCAUUCUGUACAGCGCCUGAAAUUGGGAAGUGCAAUUACGCAGCUCUCCUUCUCCUCCAGCGGAGCUCUCGGUAGGGAUUACAGGAUUACGAUUCUUCCUCUCCAAUUUUCAACCUGUCGAGUUACUGAGCCGUAUUUGAUCAGCAGUUUCGAGGUAUGGCAGAUUAGGAGCAGCAUCAAUGACAGUAGAUUCGAUUCUCCUUCGGAUGGCAGUAGUGGUGGAACACGGUUAAUUAGGGCAAUUCGUGCUCUGCAGACGCGGAUUGGGCUGAGAAUCCAGGAGCUGAGGAAGAAUCUACCUAUGAAAUUGCUGUUUUUCUUGGUUGGUUUCUACUGUGCCACUGCUUUGGCUACUGUGAUCGGCCAGACCGGUGACUGGGACAUUCUAUCUGCUGGUCUGGCUGUGGGGAUUGUGGAAGCCAUUGGAGCACUCAUGUACAAGGGUUCUUUGCGCCUGCUCAGCAACAUGUAACACUCUGGAUCAGCUCAGCAAGAAUUGGAGAAGAAAUGAGAAGAAUUGCA